GUUUGAAAAUAUUUUUGUGAGGCGGGGACAAGUCGAUAGCUUCUCAUCUCUUGUUGUUUAAUCACCAGCCCCGCUACCCCACACGCGUUGGCCAUAAGGGAUUGCAGACGAGUAUUUCCAAAAUGCCUGUGUUUCACACAAAGACGAUCGAGGCAAUUCUAGAGCCAGUAGCCCAACAGGUAUCCCAGCUUGUGAUCUUACAUGAAGAGGGUGAAGAUGGCAAAGCAAUGCCUGAUUUGUCUAAUCCCAUUAUGGCUGUUGGGGCGGCUGUGGCCAACCUUGUCAAGGUUGGAAAAGAGACAGCAACCCAGAGCAAGGACAAAAUUCUCAAACAAGAGAUGCCUCUUGCUUUUACCCGAGUUGAAGAAUCAUCUAUGCUGUUAGUACAAGCAUCAAAACUUCUUAAACGUGACCCAUACUCAUCUGAGGCUAGGCAAAAACUGAUUGAUGGAGCACGAGGUAUUCUGUCAGGGACAUCUGCCCUACUUCUCACCUUUGAUGAAGCUGAAGUUAGGAAAAUCGUAACCUUCUGCCGCAGCCUCUUGGAAUACCUUCCUGUCGGGGAGAUGGUAGAAGAAAUGCAGGACCUUCUGACAUUUGUAGCUAAUUUAAGUCCUGCAAUACAGAAUGUUGCCAAGGCUGUUGAGUCACGUGCCGCAGAACUGACACACACAGUCCAUAGAGAUAUGCUUAAGAGCUCUCUCAGCAAGCUAUCUGGGAUGGUACCACUUCUGAUAUCUUCAAUGAAGGCUUUUGUCAAGACUCCUCCUGGAGCUGGCAGACCUGAAGCACAGGAAAGUAGGAACUUCAUCAUAAACAAAAUGUCUGCUGAGAUCACAGAAAUAAUUCGUGUGCUUCAGCUUACAAGUUAUGAUGAAGAUGGUGGAGAUGACCCUAUGUAUGAUAUGAAGAAGGCUGCAUCAGUGUUUGAUGCCAAGUUUGACAAAGCCAAAGAAUGGGUCAGGGACCCAACGUGUCACCCUGGAGGACUAGGUGAGAAGGCAGUGCGAGAAUGCAUACAGCAGGGGCGGGUACUUGGUAGCAUGAGUCAGGAUUCUGAUCGCGCGCGUGUGGAGCAAGUCUGUGACGAUCUAGAUCAGCUGAUGGGGGAACUGGCACUACUCAGAGCCCAGGGCAAGGGUACGACUCCACGUGGUCUUGAGCUAUCUGGAGCAGUAGACAAGCGACUGGAUUCACUCAAGAAUAACAUUGGCGACGCAUUACAGCAUCAGAACAUCAGCGGCGCCAAGAAGCCCACAGACACCAUUGUGGGCAAGGUGGAGCAAGCACAGCAGUGGCUGAACAAUCCGGCUGGCGAUCACACGCGACUAGGGGAGAAGGUCAUUCGGCAAUGUAUCGCCGAUGCCCGAAAAGUUGCCGAAAAAUGCUCGGGUCCCGAGCGACUGGAGCUACUGCGCCUGUGCGAUGAUCUGGAGAAGAUGGUCACAGAGCUUGCCGAACUCAAGCGGAGAGGAAUGGGAAACUCUCCCCAGGCCCAUGCUCUCGCUCGGUCAAUCAACAAGAAGCUAGAGGAGCUCAACCAGCGGGUGCAGAAAGCUGUGGUGGGCCAGGUCGCUGAGGACUUUAUGGACACCACGACUGCUCUAAGAAACCUUGAGAAGGCGGCUAGGGCCCCUGUUGGAACCCCUCGCCGUGAAGAGGAUUUUGAGGCGAAGGCGGGGACGUUUGAGCACCAAGCUAACCAGUUUGCAGACACGGCUAUAAGACUGGCCAAUGCUGGUGGCAAUACCAACAGAAUCUUGCUGGACAAUCUGAGGAAAGCCGCCAAGGAGGUGAAGGAUCUAACCCCUCAAGUCUCACACGUCGCUAAAGUGCUGCUGGAAAACCCGAAUGAGCCCGCGGUGUCAGAUCACUUUGACGCUAUGAAGGAGGACUGGCUGGACAGCGUCAAUAACUUGACAGACCUGGUUGACGUUGCUACGGAUACUGCGCAGUUUAUUGAUGCGUGUGCUGACGCUAUCAACAAAGAGGUCGACUCUUGUGAAUACGCCAUGGCCCAGGAAAAUCCACAGCUGGUAGCAGCCAAGAGCUCAAACAUCGCCCGUCUCGCAAACCGGGUCAUCAAGGUGGCUAAGACAGAAGCAGAGUAUUCCGAAGACCCUGCCUACGUGGCAGAGCUAAACGAUAAAGUCGGCAAUCUAGAGCAAGCCAUCAGCCCUCUUAUUAUUGACACCAAAUCUGUCGCGACGAACAUCAAGGACAAGAACGCGCAUAAAAGAUUGCGGGCCUCCAUGAGAAGGAUUCAAGAUGGUGUUGGUUAUGUUAGGAAGGUUAUCAUAACCAUCCCUACGCAUGCUCCAGAAGAAGAAGAGGACUUCCCCCCACCCCCUCCCCCUGAUCUUGAGCCACUCCACAUAGGUGAGCGCGCCCCACCUCGCCCACCCCUCCCUCGGGAGGAUGUUGCCCCAGCUCCACCACGCCCUCCCCCCCCUCAGGAGGAGAAGACGAUUGACAUGAAUGUGCAGAGCAUGUUAGACAGUCCCCCUGAAGACAACAGGAUCGCUGUUGCUGCAAGUCAUCUGCAUAAGGAGGCGCUGAAGUGGGAAGAACAGGGCAACGAUAUCAUUCGAGCGGCCAAGAAAAUGGCUCUGCUGUUUGCGCAAAUGUCGAAGUUCAUGAGGGAUGAAGAGGAAGGCAAUGUGCAUUCCAAGAAAGAGCUUAUCGAAUUGGCCAAGAAGAUUGCCUUGGAGAGUAAAGAGCUCGUCAAGCACGCACGCAAGACGGCCAACCAGUGCUCCGACAGGCGACUCAGGGAGACGAUGAUGCAGACCAUUGAUCGUAUCCCGACCAUCAGCACGCAGCUGAAGAUCGUCGCAACUGUCAAGGCCACCAUGAUCGGGGCACAAGAGAUGGACGAAGACCGUGAAGCCACCGAGACCCUUGUGGGCUGUGCUGAGAAUCUCAUGAGCGCCGUUCGACAGACUGUACGCGAGACCGAGGCUGCCUCGGUCAAGAUGCGUUCAGACGCAGGCUACGUCAUGCGCUGGAAAAAGAAGGACUACUAAUAGAAACGGCGUUGCCAUAGAGACGAUAAUUUACAACCGUUAUGCGGGUAUCGUUUUUGUAAUUGCGUAUACUAUUAGCUUUUAUAUUGUUAUUUGAGACGUAUUUCGCCCUUAUUUUGGUUUAUUCUAGGUAACUUUGUCUUGGAUUAACCUUAGAGUAUUUAAUUUGUGUUUUGUUUCAAUCUUGGUUUCGUCUUGGUUGAGACGGCGACAACGUGGACGACGACGGCAGAAAAACAAUUGAACUGCAUUGAUUCCAUUUUAUUUCUUCUCAUCUGCAACGACAAACCCUAACCUAUUUUAUCUGUCUCGUUGUAGUCAUGUUUACUAUAUGCCCCUACAAGAAAGUGGUCUUCGUUAUUAAGUCGAUGGUAGUUUGUGGUAAAUUGAAUUGGCGUUAGAAUAGAAAUUGACCAGGAUUUAUCGUGUUCUUACAGCUUAUCAGUUGGUGUCUAGGAUCAGGCAUUAAAAAAGGGUGAUGUUUUUACAGGAUCAGAUCUUCCACGUCGCAAAUAACUUCUACAAAAAAACAUAUAAAAGAUUAUUAUUAUUAUCGUUAUUUUACCAACAUAGACAUCACUUUACACUGAAAAGCAAUUGUAAAAAAGUUUUCUACAAGGUAGUUUAGAAAAAAAUCGAAGAGUUAUUCUCCUCUAAACAACACACUGUACGAAGGGACUUCCCCAACUUUGAUAUUUAAGCUUUCCACCCUGUUCUGAUCUUCGAAUUUGUCAUCACUUUGUUCCUUUUUAUAACAAUUUAAACACCAAUCAAAUAAUUAGGAUAAACGCAUUUUACAAGGAUUUGCACGAGUUUCUGCUGUCUUCAUUUCAAAAUAAUGCAGGCUAGUUUAGGACGGUAUAGUGUAAAAUUGUUUAUUCGGCUGUACGAGGCCUGAAUAAUGUAAUCUGCCAGUGUAAAUUGUUCUCCGGAUACUGCUAUCCACAAUUCGUUACUGAUCUGUUACUGAGAUUUUCUAAAGAGAUUGGCAUUUUGAGCUUACCCUUUUGAUAUUUGACACUUUCAAAAUUGAAAAAGGUUUGAAAAAAACAACAACAUAUUUUUGUAUAAAUAAUGGUAAUUCUACUUAUUAUUAGGGAAUUUUAUAAUAUCCGUAGAAGACUGAUUGUAGAACCAAUGUGGCACUGUAAUAAAGUGAAUUGUCAUUUGUCCAAA